AUGCUGGAGGGGUACCAGUCCCCGGGAGGUCGCGGCGGACGCAGCAAUUGGGGUCGCUUCCAGCAACAACAGCGCGCGCCUCGAGGCGCUCCCGGCUACGCGCCGCAGCCCCAGUACAGCCGCCAGCAGAGUCCGCAGAGCUUCUACCAGCAGCAACAAAGCCCGCCCAGCUACCAGCAGCAGCCGCGGGCGAACGCCAAUGCGUCCCAAGUGCAGCGAGACGUCGUGGCCUUCGUCGAGGCCUUCCGAGCCAACCAGUCGAGUCCCUCGGCGCCGCCCAACGCGCUGACGCUCGACGUCCUUGUGCGCGCCAUCUGCAGCCACUUCCGCGUCAAUGCGUUCGAGGAGCUCAUGGGCACGAGCGCGCUGCAGCUGCCGGCGUUGAGGCAGCUGCACACGGUGAACCAGCGCGUGUGGACGUUCGUGACGUGCUUCAUGCAGAGCCGCCGCAUCAACACGCUGUUCGAGUGCCAGCAGGCAUUUUUACAGCACGAGGGGCUGCGCGCCUUCCACGAGCUCAAGCUGGGCAACUCGUUCCUGCACACGGAGGCGGUGCAGCAGCUCUACCGCUCGCCCGUGGCGCUGCUGACCGUCACGACCAGGGACGUGCUGGCCAGCUUGAAGCAGUUCGAGGACAUGCUGGGCCACGACGCCUUCCGCGCGUCGUCGCACAUUGAUCUGAACGAGUUCCUGCAGUACCUGGCGCAGCAGUACCGCCAGCCGAGCGCGCAGGCCAUGGGCGUGGCGAUAGACCCGUCCGGGUUCGGCGUGUACGUCGGCAUGCUGCGCCGUGUGGCCAACAAUGAGAUGAAGGAGAUGAAGACGCUGGAGCAGCAGUUCCAGCGCGAAGUGGCGGAGAAGAUGUUCCGCCUUACCAAGGAGAAGUUCAGUGACGAUAACAGGAAGCAGGCCCUCGAGGAGCUGCUGGCGCAGACCAACGCCGCCCAGUCAACGCAGCAAGAGAGCGAGGAAGGGGCUCAGAAGAGACGCGGCGGCAAGAAGAACAGCAUGCAGUCGCUGUCGCUGGACAUGCUCAAGCGCGUGACGGACGUCGACGUGUAUCUGGACAACGUGCUGCGUCGCAAGGCUGCGGCGGACGCCAAGAACCAGCAGAAGUUCCGCAGACCCAUUUCGUCCCAGGAGAUCGCCGAGACGGACUCGAAGCUGCGCAACCAGCUCACGCGGUUCCUUGUGUGGUCGCAGAAGAGCAAGCACCAUUCGAGACUCAAGGUCGUGACGUGGGUCAUCUGCAGCAUCAUGGCCAAGACGUACGCGCUGUUGCUAAGUGAUGACAAGAUUCCCGAUGAAGACGCAGACGGAGAGGGGGCAGACGAUGCCAAGAAAGUGCCGGAAAGCGAAAAAGAAGAGUGCGACUGUUGCUGCGUGGGUGAAGACACUUGCUCGUGUUCCUGCACUUGCAAGUGCCACGUCGCGUCAAGCGACGAAAAAGAGGAAGAAGAAGAAGGAGAAGGCCAAGCAGAGACAGAUAACAAGGAGAUCAACAAGUUCCCUGUCAUGCCUACAGACCCGUUCGCUAGACGGCUGGCUAAAACUGCUGCAGAACCGAAGGUUACACUUGAAGAAGUGAAGACCGAGAUCGAGAGCUUCUUGGAGGCUCAAGCGCCACGCGACAACGAGCCUCGGACAGCGAAGGAGGUUCUUCAGGUUCUGUCGUCACUUGAGAACCAUCUAACCAGCAAGUUGUCGAUCAAAUCCAACAGCGUGUCCUGGGCUGGACGGCGGUCCGUGCUUGAGCUUCUCCCAGAUCUCGUGGACGAUGCUGAAUACAGCAUGGACGACGAUGAAGUGAACGCAGGCAAGUGGCUCCUUGAUCUAUUGCGUUCCCGCGGAGAAGGCGGCGAUGCCUCGACUUCAUCGAGUCCGGUUAGUGACAAGCGCCUGCAGGAGGAAGUGCUGCCUUUUGUGCGCGAGUGUCGCGACGUCAUAUCGUCGUCGUCUUCGCUGUCUGCUUUAUCCAGCGAGAAGCAGCAACAGUGGAUUACACGCCGCAUCUGCGUGGAGCUGGGGUGUGCUCGAGUUGAAGACCUUGGACUUCCCAGUGUGGAAGAAUUGAUCAAGCUUGCUGACAAAGAGCAGGCGGGCGAAGAGACUUCGGUGGUCAAAUUCGCUGGCAGCUUGGAUCUCGUCCAAGGUGACGGCAGCUUUGAUGACACGGUCUCAUCGAACGAGACAACAGGUGAGUCAGUGCAACAGAAACUCUUGACGGAGCAAGCGCUGGAGAAGCUGCGCAAGUGCCCGUACUUGGUUGAUGCAUCGUUGUAUAUGGACUGGCGAGAGCGCUAUGCCCCGCUGUGUGGGCCGUUGCUCUCGUUCAUCCGCGUGCAUGAAAUGAUUCUUCUUGAUCAUGCACCUUCCUCAAACAACUUCAUGUUUGUGUCCUGCUUGAACGGAACGAUCUUGCGUGUGAACGAGAAAUCGACGCCGUCCGAUCUGGAGCUGCUGUUCGCCCGAGCGCAGCAAGCCAAGACCCAUGCGGCCGCCCGCCAAGUGGCAGUCCACUUGGUGUCGAUGGUGGUGACGUGCAAGGGCCAAGCUAACUUCCCCAAGCAGCUCGUCCAAGCUCAUCUGCGCGCGUACUUGUCCAGCGUCACCAAGGACAAGACAGCCGGCAGCUACCCGGAGCGCUUCGUCCUGGAGGUUCUUCUUGAAACACCAGUCGAGUUCGCAGACUUCGUGAUGUCUCUUUUGCUUGGCGUGCUCAGUCAGACAACAGGAUCGGAGUCGGCUAGCGCGGACCGAGUUUGGAAGGCCUGCAGAAGCGAUGCCGAGCGCAAAGCGCUCUUGUACGUUUCCAGCCGGAGCUUGUCGGGCUUGUGGGCGACUGAGUCGGAGCAGUGGUGCAUUCUCCGUGAUACUCCGUCCCUUUCCAGUACGGACGAUGACGGUGGCAAUGCAGCGAAGGAGAACACCAAGUCCAGUGCUACGCCUCAGCCUGUUACGUCCACUGGAGAUGACGGCAAGACUGUGAGCUUAUUUAACGCUUCAAGUCAAGAGGUGGCGUUGGCGAACUUUUCAAGCGAAUUAUCCGGUCAGAACACCAAUGACCUGUCCUCGGUUGAGGAUAUCGCCAGCGAUGACUCGUGCCGCUCAUUCAUCGAAGAUCUACGCAGGAAGCAGUUCGGCGUUGGGCUGCAGAUCCAGGACGAGGCAACGACCUCGGUGCUGCGCAUUCAACAGCAGCGUCUGGAGCGCGCGCUCAAGCGUCUUAGCGACGAGCUGUAUAGCGAGAGCACCCACUUCGUUCUCGAGUUGCUGCAAAACGCCGAUGACAACACCUACGACGACGCCGUGGUUCCGCUUGGUGACUUCACGUUGACCGCUGAAAAGGAGAUCGUCUUCUACAACAACGAACGGGGUUUCUCGCCGUCCAACAUCCAAGCCAUUUGUGAUGUCGGAGCGUCUACCAAGGAAGCCGUCGACUCGGAGGCAAGCAUCGGCAAGAAAGGUAUCGGCUUCAAGAGCGUCUUCAAGGUGUCGGACAACCCGCAAGUGCACUCGAACGGCUUCCACAUCUGCUUCCACGCCAAGAAUGCUGAGCAUGGUUCGGGUAUGGGCUACAUCUUGCCGUACUGGCUGGACGAUGCGACUCAAUGGAAGCAGCGUCGCGGUACGACGUUUGUGCUGCCAUUGAACGACUCAUCGGUGCAGAGGGUGGAUGACAUCUCGCAGUCGCUCAUGGCGUUUGAGCCUUCCGUGUUGCUGUUCCUCCGCCGAAUCCGCGAGCUUCGACUGCGUGACCCGGCUCGACAGCACGCGCUUCACUUCCUCAAGAAGGAGAAGCAGUUGCAGACGAACGCUCAGAUUGUGGAGCUGUAUUCGCAAGUCAAGAAGAGCGAGAGCAGCGUGGAAGUCGUGCAGCAGAACUGGCUGGUAGUCAAGGAGAAGCUCGAGCCCCCGCAGUUGUUCGGCCGCAGUCACCCGACGGAGAUUGCGCUUGCGUUCCCGCUGACAUUCCAGGGAGAGGAGUCCAGACCGCCGCUCCAGGAGGUGUUCGCGUACCUGCCACUGCGGUCGUACGGCUUCCGCUUCAUCUUGCAAGGAGACUUUGAGAUCCCGAGCUCUCGCGAGGCCAUCACCAAUGGAAGCGAGUGGAAUGAGUGGCUCGUGUCCAAGUUCCCCAAGCUGGUGCGUGCCGCGGUAGGCAGCUACGUCUCGAGUGCUCAAGCUAGCGGUCAAGAAGCUGACAAGGCGAUUGAGGCCAUCUCGCACUUGCUCUCGUUGCUGCCUCUUGAAAACGAGGUACAGGCGCCGUUCCGUAGCAUCAUACCGGAGGUUAUGCGCGAGCUCCGUCAAGUGAAGUGGCUGCUUUCUGCUUCCUCAGCAUCGACGGGGUUGCUCAUGCCGGCGGAGUUGAUUGACUGCAUUGAGCUCACGGGAAGUGAGGCCAUUGAAAGUACGACCUCGCUGCUGGAGGCUUUGAGUGAAGACGUUCUCGCAGCGACGUUCAACAAGCGUUUCCUGCAUCCUUCGCUGUCACGAUCUAUGACUGCGGUGAUGAAGAGCCAACUGCGGAUCGAGCAGCUCCACUCGUCUCACUUGAUGCGGGUGCUGUCGCUGUCAGAAGAGAAGGACGAUAUCGACUGGACGGUGAAGAUUCUGGCGCUGCUGGCGAAGCUUUGGCGUAAGGACCGCCACUCGAAGCUGCUGCGGCAAGAGCUGCGGUUGAUCAAGUGCUUCCCGCUGCAGCGCAAGGGCAAGGACAGCAAGACCAAGUGGGUCUCGUUGGCUGAAGCUCACGACUCGCUCUUCGUGUCGGGUAACGGUGGCAGCUCAACGCGCGAGAAAUCGUACGAGUUUUACGGGGACCUCCGCAUUCUGGACGACAAUUUUACGAAGACAAUCAACAAGAGCUCAAAGCUUGGAGCGUUCUUGAUGAACGACGUGGGCAUUCACGUGAUGGAGGACCACGAUUUGAUUCGACACCACAUCCUUCCAAAGAUGGCAGAGCUCCGUUUGUCAGCUGAAGAUAUGAGCGGCAUUAUCGAUGCUGCUGCGGAUGUUAGUGUAGUGAUCGAGUACGGAAGGUUCCUGUCCUCACACUUGGCGUCGUGCAACAAUUGCUCGUUGCAAGCGGAAGUGAAGGCCAACGUGGUUGUUGCGACGAGCAGCCGACGUAUCGUUGCAGUCGACAGCCCCAACUUGCUCGCUAUUCUGCCAUCUACGUUGAAGGAGAUGCCGCAGCUGAUCUCUUGGGUCACUCGACUGGAAUCCUCCAACCAGAACGGUCCUGCUAUCGUAUCAAGCGAGUACUUCUCUGAUACUGCCAAGGACUCAGCGGACAAACAGUGGCAGCAGCUGCUAGUGGACGUCUGCGGGCUGUCGCUGUUGUUUGAUGCUGCAAGUCUCACUUCAGACCCCCGCUCACAAGCUGGAAUGGAGCAAUUACUGAAGUGGAUCGAGGCUGAAGAGGAUAUCGUCGUUAAGCGCAGUGUUUCGACGAAUCUAGCUCAGCACCUGGAUAAACACUGGGGCACUGCAGAUGAUGAAAGCGAUGAUUCCUCCACGGUCGACGACAAGGAAGACGAGGUUACUAUGUGGAGGAAAUACUGCUGGCUGGAAGACUCUGACGGGCAGUUCCAUCGCUCCACUGACAUAUGGCUACCAGCGGAGGCUGUCACGCGAUUGUUCACGCGUGCUAUGGUGACGUUUAGUGCCAUGACGUGGAAGAGCGAUGACUUCACCAAACGAGUCCUCGGUAUGAGAGCUACUCCGACGGUGGACGAUGUGCUGCCCGUCCUCUCAAGUCUCUCCGUUGAUUCAGCGCUGGCAUCUACACUGGAGGUCGACCAGAUGAUCCGGAUGUACUCGUUCUUGUGGGAGGAGUGCCAGCGCUCUGACGCCUGCCGUGCCGAGGUCACCAAGGCGUUUACGCGUAAGCUUUUGCUCUUUGUUCCGGCUGAAACUGACAAAUCCCAUCGAUUUAUCGGCGUGAAGAGCGCAGUCUGGUCGUCAACCGCGCACAACGGGGAGCUGACUGUACUGGAGACGCUGUAUCCGAAGACCCUGUGCGAGUUCUUCACCGACGUCUGUGGCGUACAGCGGAAGCCGUCAGUCGCCUUCUUGUGCGAGAUGAUCACUGAGCUGCAAGGCUCUUUGACGACGAAGCUCAGCGAUAGUGACAACAUGAAGACGUGGAAGAAGAAGCUGUUGCCUCUGCUCACCGCUUUGUCCAAGAAGGUGAAGAAGCGCUCGCUGUCCAAGACCGAACUCAAGGAGACCAAGAAGACGCUGAAGUCAACUCCGUGGCUGCCAGUGCGAAGUGUUGGUGGGUCCAGCAAUGGCGUCGCGUUCUGGAGCUCGAAGGAUUCGCCAGUCCAAGCCACAACGGAGAAAGAGAAGAAGCUGCAGAAGUUGCUGGUGGCUAUUGCGAAGGAGGCUUCAUCCGAAAGCAGCAGCUCCAAGAAACGCAAGGAUGGAGACGACAUUAAGUUGGUCCAGCUUGAAGACGAUGGGGAUCUGGACGCGCUGCUCAGUAUCGCCAGGAUUUCGACGCUGACCGCGCACCUCGAAGCCGAAGCGAGCGUCUGGUGUAAGGUGCUCGCUCGCUUUACGAAAUCCUCUCAGCUGGACAACAAGAAGGGCAGGAAGAAGCUGCUGAAGCUGCUACAAUCCGUAGUGAGAGUCUGGUCGAGUGCGCUGUCGAUGGCUUCAUCUUCUGACAUCACGCAGUUGCAGCGCUCUGUGAUCUUCCCGACAAUCGAUGACAACCACCGAUGGGCUUCAGCUGCCGACCUGUACAUUAACGACCAAGCCGAUCUCUCUGCGAGCGACUUCCAGCAACCAGGACACACUGAGCAACUCCAAGUGCUGGGGUUGUUCCCGUGGAGCUACUUUGUGGAGAGUUCGAAUGAAGAUGAUAGCAGUGAGGCGACUCGCGUGAUGAAGUUCCUAACGGAAGUUUGCGGGAUGAAGUCGCUGAAGGCGCACAUGCAGUACGAAGUCAGCGUCCUCAGCACGCAGCGUCCGGCUAGCGACGCCUUCCACCAGAAGCUUUGCGCGGCGUUUGCUCUGGCUCAGCGAUUCCUGAUCCACAGUCACCGAAGUUUGUACGACCAGCUCCAGCAUGAAACAAUCUCAAAGUUGGCGUCGGAGCUGCAGUGCCUGCUGGUGGAUGGACACGACGGCUUCCAAGUGGUGUAUCGGGUCGGCACUUCCUUCAGCCUUCGUCGCGGAGUCGACGCGUCGUCGCAGUGCUUCCUCGAUGUGUCGAACUCCACCUUGUACUUGCAAUCUGUGACUGGAGACGAAGAAGCAAGCGCGCUCUCCCCGGUGCUGAUGGAAAUAUCUCGCAAGCUGUUUGGAGCGCAGGUGGCUGCCAGCGUGGCGAACCUGAUGUACUUGAGUCUGUUGCAGCCCAGUCCGCAGAUGAGAGAGCAGUGGCUUGUCGAAACCCAGCAAUUGCCUCCACUACCCACCAGCGAGGCUGGUAAGCUGUGGGUGGAGCAGGUGGAGGACACCGCCACACCCGGGCUGGACAAUGCUGGACGGAAGCGUGACUCCGAGGACAUGGAAGAUGGAGAGAUUGCUGCAGAGGAAGCGCCGAUGAAGAAGCCAUAUCCUCCAGUUCAACCGAACUAUGCUGCACCUCAAGACCCUCAAUUCGCACCACUGCCGCCUUCCGACACGCAUGGAAACGGAGCACACUAUCAGAGACCUCCGUAUCCGCCACUCCCACCGCAGCCGAUCGAGGGAGCUCCGUUCCAUCCGCCACUUCCUCCUCCAUUGGCUGGUUCUUCAAUGCAGUCCUUGUCCGUGCCGAACACGAUGACCAAGGAGGAGCGCGAAGCUAUCGGUCGCUGGGGCGAGGAGUACGUCUUCAACCAGUUGAAGCAGCAGCACGCUGAGAGCGAGUCGAGUCUGACGGUUGAGUGGGUGAACGAGAAGGAAGAGUCUGGUCUGCCGUACGAUCUCACGGUGUCGUCGGCUGGAAAGGUGGUCGAGUACAUCGAGGUCAAGUCCACGCGCACGAUGGAGAAGGGAGUGUUCGAGAUCAGCAUGAACGAGCUGGACCAGGCGGCCAUCCACGGCUCCACGUACAGCAUCUACCGCGUUUUCAAUGCUGGCAACCCAGCCUUGUGCCGCGUGAUCCGCAUGAAGAACCCUGUGUCUCUGGUGCGCCAACGCAAGAUUCAGCUGGCCCUUGUCAUGCAGUAG